AUGGCCGCCGCAGCACUUCCUGAUUACUGCGCUCAUCCCUGGACUUCUGCCGCCAUAUCCGAUCACCAUACACCUGCCAGACCCAACAACCACCCAUCCAACCCUCAGACUACUGCCAAACACAGCAACCCCCCAUCCAACCCCCAGACUACUGCCAGACCCAACAACCCCCCAUCCAACCCUCAGACUACUGCCAGACCCAACAACCCCCCAUCCAACCCCCAGACUACUGCCAGACCCAACAACCUCCCAUCCAACCCUCAGACUACUGCCAGACCCAACAACCCCCCAUCCAACCCCCAGACUACUGCCAGACCCAACAACCACCCAUCCAACCCUCAGACUACUGCCAGACCCAACAACCCCCCAUCCAACCCUCAGACUACUGCCAGACCCAACAACCCCCCAUCCAACCCUCAGACUACUGCCAGACCCAACAACCACCCAUCCAACCCUCAGACUACUGCCAGACCCAACAACCACCCAUCCAACCCUCAGACUACUGCCAGACCCAACAACCACCCAUCCAACCCCCAGAAUACUGCCAGACCCAACAACCACCCAUCCAACCCCCAGACUACUGCCAGACCCAACAACCACCCAUCCAACCCUCAGACUACUGCCAGACCCAACAACCACCCAUCCAACCCUCAGACUACUGCCAGACCCAACAACCACCCAUCCAACCCUCAGACUACUGCCAGACCCAACAACCACCCAUCCAACCCUCAGACUACUGCCAGACCCAACAACCACCCAUCCAACCCUCAGACUACUGCCAGACCCAACAACCCCCCAUCCAACCCUCAGACUACUGCCAGACCCAACAACCACCCAUCCAACCCCCAGACUACUGCCAGACCCAACAACCCCCCAUCCAACCCUCAGACUACUGCCAGACCCAACAACCACCCAUCCAACCCUCAGACUACUGCCAGACCCAACAACCACCCAUCCAACCCUCAGACUACUGCUAGACCCAACAACCUCCCAUCCAACCCUCAGACUACUGCCAGACCCAACAACCUCCCAUCCAACCUCCAGACUACUGCCAGACCCAACAACCUCCCAUCCAACCCCCAGACUACUGCCAGACCCAACAACCACCCAUCCAACCCCCAAACUACUGCCAGACCCAACAACCACCCAUCCAACCCCCAGACUACUGCCAGACCCAACAACCACCCAUCCAACCCUCAGACUACUGCCAGACCCAACAACCUCCCAUCCAACCUCCAGACUACUGCCAGACCCAACAACCACCCAUCCAACCCUCAGACUACUGCCAGACCCAACAACCACCCAUCCAACCCUCAGACUACUGCUAGACCCAACAACCACCCAUCCAACCCUCAGACUACUGCCAGACCCAACAACCUCCCAUCCAACCCUCAGACUACUGCCAGACCCAACAACCACCCAUCCAACCCCCAGACUACUGCCAGACCCAACAACCACCCAUCCAACCCUCAGACUACUGCCAGACCCAACAACCACCCAACCAACCCCCAGACUACUGUCAGAACCAACAACUACCCAUCCAACCCUCAGACUACUGCCAGACCCAACAACCACCCAUCCAACCCCCAGACUACUGCCAGACCCAACAACCACCCAACCAACCCUCAGACUACUGCCAGACCCAACAACCACCCAUCCAACCCUCAGACUACUGCCAGACCCAACAACCCCCCAUCCAACCCCCAGACUACUGCCAGACCCAACAACCACCCAUCCAACCCUCAGACUACUGCCAGACCCAACAACUACCCAUCCAACCCCCAGACUACUGCCAAACCCAACAACCACCCAUCCAACCCCCAGACUACUGCCAGACCCAACAACCACCCAUCCAACCCUCAGACUACUGCCAGACCCAACAACCACCCAACCAACCCCCAGACUACUGCCAGACCCAACAACCUCCCAUCCAACCUCCAGACUACUGCCAGACCCAACAACCUCCCAUCCAACCCCCAGACUACUGCCAGACCCAACAACCUCCCAUCCAACCUCCAGACUACUGCCAGACCCAACAACUACCCAUCCAACCCCCAGACUACUGCCAAACCCAACAACCACCCAUCCAACCCCCAGACUACUGCCAGACCCAACAACCACCCAUCCAACCCUCAGACUACUGCCAGACCCAACAACCACCCAACCAACCCUCAGACUACUGCCAGACCCAACAACCACCCAUCCAACACCCAGAACCAAGACCCCCCACCCCCCAUGGAGUUGGUUGAACAUCCCCAGGUAUCGAAGUCUCUGGUUUCUCCAUCUGAUUCCAUGGGCUUUCGGGAGCAUUGGGAUCUACGAGGAAUAAGUGGCUGUAGUCGGGCUGAGCCCAGUGCCUCAGAUGAAUAG